AAAGGCCCAAACCCCACAGCCGCACGCGCGACCACCGUCACCAUGGUGCCAGCCUCCGCUGCCCUGCUGCUGACCCUGCUGCUCCCGAUGGCGGCCGCGGCGGCGGCGGCGGCCAUGGACCCUGCCGAGAGGGAGACGCUCUUCCGCGUCAUGGAGGCCGUGUCCUCCGACCGGGACUGGCGCGUCGAGAGCCCCGACCCGUGCGGCGCCCCGUGGCCGGGGCUCGAGUGCAAGCCGGCCGGCGGCAGCACGGGCGACGCCGCGGCGGCGCGCAUGCACGUCACGCGGCUGGACUUCGGCGUGGAGCCCAACCCGACGUGCAAGGACGCGGCGGCCUUCCCGCCCGAGGCGUUCUCCCUGCCCCACCUCCAGUCCCUCUUCUUCGUCGACUGCUUCACCAACCCGGCGGCCACCACGGCGCUCGCCCUGCCGGCGCCCGCCAACCUCUCGGCCUCCGGCCUGCAGCAGCUCAGCAUCCGGGCCAACCCGGCGCUGUCCGGCACGGUGCCGCCGGCGCUGGCCACCCUCCGGUCCCUCCAGGUGCUCACCAUCUCCCAGAACGCGCUGGUCCGUGGCGGAAUCCCGCCGGGCAUCGGGGACCUCACGUCGCUGGUGCGGCUCGACCUCAGCUACAAUUCGCUCUCCGGGCCGGUGCCCAGCCAGAUUGGCCAGCUGAAGAGCUUGGUCGGCCUGGACCUGAGCUACAACUCGCUGUCCGGCGCCAUCCCGGGGCGGAUCGGCGAGCUGCGGCAGCUGCAGAAGCUGGACCUCAGCUCAAACAACCUCACCGGUGGCGUCCCGGACACCGUCGCCAACCUGACCUCGCUCACCUUCCUGGCGCUCAGUAACAACGGCCUGAUCGGCCAUUUCCCCCCGGGCAUCUCCGGGCUGCGGAACCUCCAGUACCUGAUCAUGGACAACAACCCGAUGGGCGGCCCGCUGCCCUCCGAGCUCGGCGGCCUCGCCCGCCUCCAGGAGCUCCGGCUGGCCGGCUCCGGCUACUCGGGGCCGAUACCGGAGGCGUUCGGCCAGCUCUCGAGCCUGACGACGCUCUCGCUGCAGGACAACAACCUGACGGGGCCGAUCCCGGCGGCGCUGAGCCGGCUGGGCAGGAUGUACCACCUCAACCUGAGCAACAACGCGCUGGGCGGGGCCGUGCCGUUCGACGGCGCGUUCCUGCGGCGGCUCGGCGGGAACCUCGACCUGAGCGGCAACUCCGGGCUGUGCCUCGACGACCGGAGCGUGCUGCGGGGCGUCGGCGUCGGCGCCUGCCGCGGCGGCGCCGGCGGUGGCGUCACGUCGUCGGCUACGGGAAGAGGUUUGAUGGCGGCGAGGGGUUCCCACUCCCAGGACAGCCUCCUGUUGGGGCUGCUCGGCCCAGCGUGCGUGGCCGUGUCCUGCCUUUUUGCCCUCAACGGGCACGCGCCAUAUUGA